AAAGACGACCAAUCCAACCCUCGACGGGCACUCUCACGAUGAGGGCAGCUUGGUUUUCUUCUCUUGAGCCCCCGGUUCUCCUCUCCAACUCACAAAAAGACCGACAGCACCAGAAGAGCUUAUCCACUGAUUGAGGGGAAAUGGCGAUGGUUUUAGAUGCUUUUGUGAACAUUUUCAUCGAGAAGCUGGCAGAUCUCAUCCAAGACAGGGUUGUGAUGAUGUCGGAGGUGGAUGACGAGCUGCAGAAGCUCAAGGAAAGUCUGGAAACAAUUAUUUGCCUGCUGAAGGAUGCGGAGAGGAAGAAGAUCCAAGACUCGGCGAUCAAUAGCUGGGUGAGGAAGCUGAAAGAUGUCAUGUACGAAGCUGACGACAUUAUCGACCUCUGCAAAGCUGAGGAUGGCAGACCCGCCGAGGAAGAACCACCGUCGACGUCGUUGGGUCAACGGGUACGCUGUGGCUCCCCUCUUCUCUCAUGCUUUGGUAGUGUUCCCUUCCGUUAUCAAAUUGGUAUCAGGAUUAGGGACCUGAAUGAUCGACUCCAACACCUUUCUAAUGAUCACUUGAGCUUUAAGCUCGCUUCUAUUAAUCGACAAGCCUCAAUAAGUGCCAUUACCAGUAAAACUUCCCCGCUUCUGCCGCCGGACACCACCGGAAGUGUCAUUUGUAAUGCUACAGACACUCUCGUUGGCUUGUUGAAUGAGGGAAAUGGACAAUCGCGUCGCCUUUUUGCUAUUACGGGCAUGGGUGGAAUAGGGAAGACCACACUUGCUCAGAAUAUAUUCAAUGAUUCUAGGAUUAUCGACAAGUAUCAAAUCCGAUUGUGGGUAUGUGUUUCACAAAAAUAUUCCGAGAUCGAUCUGUUAAAACAGAUGAUAAGAGGAGCAGAGAUAGAUCAUGGGCAAGCAACGGAGAGAGCAGAACUAGAACCGAUGCUUAGAAGGGCUAUUGAAGGAAAGAGCGUCUUUUUGGUGCUCGACGAUGUAUGGCGAGCGGAUGUAUGGGUAAACUUACUUCGUACUCCACUGAGCAGUGCAAUGGCCAUCAGAAGAAUUUUGAUCACCACCAGAGACAGAAAGAUCGCAAACCAGAUGGGAGCCGUGCAUAUCCAUAAUGUCAAAUUGCUGCAUGAGGACGAAGGUUGGGAACUGCUGUGCAGGAGCGCAUCGCUACAACGGAAGAAAGAUAUCCAAGACCUGCGAGAUAUAGGAAUUGGGAUUGUUCGGAAAUGCCAUGGUCUUCCUCUGGCAAUCAAGACAAUGGGAGGCGUUCUAAUCACAAAGGAGAAAAGCCGGAGAGAGUGGGAAAAGGUGCUCGAUAAUGAUGCUUGGACUAUGAGCAAGCUUCCUGAAGAACUCAAGGGAGCUCUGUAUUUAAGUUACGAGGAUUUACCGUCUCAUCUCAAACAGUGCUUUCUUUACUUUGCUCUUUUCCCUGAGGACUAUGAGUUUCUUCAAGAGGAUCUUGUUAAGUUGUGGGUAGCAGAGGGAUUCGUAGAAAAUGAAGGUAGCAAAUUGCUCGAAGAGACAGCCAAGGAGUACUACACAGAGUUUAUAAGGAGGAGCAUUCUACAGCCAAAAGCAGGGUUUGGAAGUAUACAAAUUACUACAUUGCAUGAUCUGCUGCGAUCGCUUGCUCAAUUUUUGGCAGAAGAUGAAUGUACCUAUGGAAAUGCUCGCGAAAUAAAAUUCCGUACCAAGCAAAAGCUUCGUCGUCUAUCGAUGACAGAGGAAGGGAAUGUGGCAAUAAUGCCUGAAGUGUUUUCCAAGCACAACUGCCUGAGAACCUUGAUGCUCUUCAGAAGCCCCACAACCGUCCUAAAUGAAUCCUUGGUAAGACUCCGGUGUCUCCGCUGCUUGUCUCUCAGAGGAACAGCAACCAGAAGCAUCCCAAAUUCCAUCGGGGACUUAAUUCACCUGCGAUACUUAGAUCUAUGCUCUACCAGCGUGUCCAGACUACCGGAAUCCAUCGGGCAACUUACCAACCUGCAAGUGUUAGACCUCCGCUCUUGCAAGCAUCUGUGCACACUGCCUCGGGGCAUUACCAGAUUGUGCAAUUUGAGGUGUCUCGAUCUUUUUAAGGCACCACUAGAACAUUUACCGGCGGGGAUUAUGAAGUUGAAACAGCUGAAUUUUCUCUCAGGGUUUGUGAUCGGUGAGCGAGGCAACGUUGGUAAUCAGAUGCUGAGUGUUUGUGAUUUGGAGGAGUUGAGGUCUCUUGAUCGGCUCAGACACCUCGGACUAGAUAGGCUGGAAAGGUACUCCUCUAAUGGGACUUCUCUGCUGCUGAAUAAAUCCCUUCUUCAGAGAUUACGUCUCUACUGCACAUCCGCUGUCGAACGACAAUAUUCGGAGGAGGAGACGAAUCAGAUACAACAUGUGUUUGACAAUCUAAAGCCUCCACCAGGAUUGGAUGAUCUUAUAAUCAAGGAGUUUUUCGGCCGAAAAAAUCCAAGCUGGAUGCAGUCAUCGUCUUUGGUAACUUGUUUUCCUUGCUUGAGGUGCCUGACUCUGCAAAAUUUUGCAUCGUGCUUGCAGCUUCCACCACUGGGUGAGUUGCCGCAUCUGCAAUAUCUGAAAAUUAUCGGUGCAAACUCUGUACUAAGCAUCGGGCCGGAAUUUCUUGGGGACGACGCAGCAACAUCAACUGCGUUUUUUCCUGAGCUUAAAUCGUUGAUUAUAGCAAAGAUGCCAAACUGGGAAGAAUGGUCUCUGCACCGAGGAGGAGGAGAAGCGGAAGAAGAAAUAGCGGCAGCACCAGAGCGGCCACGCCUAUUGCUGCCUAAUCUCGAGACAUUCAUUCUUCGUAACUGCCCCAAGCUCAGAUCUCUUCCACAAGGCCUGCUGGAUCAUGCAACCAAAUUGAGCUCUUUGUUUAUUGAGGGAGCCAACGAGCUGAAAGCCAUGGAGAACCUGCCAUCCCCGAGUGGACUACUACAAACCAAAGAUUGUCCUUCUCUGGAAAGGAUCUCAAACUUGGGGGCACUCAGGAAGCUGGACAUAAUUGGCUGCCCAUCACUCGUGUGUGUGGAGAAGGUAGAUGUACUGAAACGCCUGCAAAUGAGCGAUGCUGCCAUGGAGCGCCUCCCCGAGUGGUUGUCGGCACUGGUGCAACAGCCCAAUAGCAGUUUAGUUGUGGUGGUUGUAUGCGACGUCCGUUUGCUGGAACGAUGCAUUAGAGGAGGAGAAGACUGGCACAUCGUCCAGCAGAUACCUGCCGUCAGCUUAUACGCAGACACUGACAGAGGAAGUCGAUAUGUACACUACAACAAGGAGCCCGUCAGCUACGAGACCAACUUCAUCACAGAGUCAUAAAAUGGUGAAUCAGCGAGCGGCCUGUCGUUGAAGAAUGGUAUUCUUCUGCAAAACAAGAAUGCCUUGGAGGAGUCCAUCUUUCAUCGACCGCAUGCUUUGCUUUUCCUACUUAUAUGCUGUUGUGCUUUGAGAAGAGAAAUGACGAUAAGAUGGUAUGAGGAAGUAAUGGUCGGUGGUGUCGUGGCCAUGGGACCUUAUAGCAUUUGCGUCACUAGUGCCUAUCUUGUUUCCUCCUGCCAACAUGGUGUUCAAGUAUGUUCUCUAUGCCUGGCGAGUGUAUGUAUGUCCUAUCAUAGCUUUAGAUUUUGUCACUUAAUUAUAUCUGAGGGGUGUUUGGGCAAUACAUCA